GACACGGGUAUUUGCAUCUGCCCGAUCCAUGUUGUGUGUCUGCAUCGCAACAGCGAGAGCGUUUCUCCUGGUGGUAGAGAGCGGUGCUAUUCCCGGUGUGUUUUGAGAGAAGAUGGCUGAUUAUGGGGACGAUACCGGAGCCCGGGCCUUGUUGGCAUUGAAGUCUGCACCGUGCAGCCCAGUCCGAGGGGGUCCAUCCAUGUACCCCCUUUCAUCUAAUGCGAUUGGGAUCACAUCCAUGCCGCUUUCCUCUCCUCCGCGGGCCCUCGCACGAUUGGAAGGCAGGGACUUUGAGUUUGUAAUGCGACAGAGGACGGUGACGGUAGGCCGGAACUCUUCGCAUGGUUCUGUGGAUGUCAACAUGGGCCACUCAAGCUUCAUCUCGCGGAGGCACCUGCAGAUAACUUUUGAAGAACCAUUUUUUUAUCUUCGUUGUCUGGGGAAGAACGGUGUUUUUGUAGACGGUGUAUUCCAGAGAAGAGGUGCUCCUCCACUUCAACUGCCGAGAGAGUGCACAUUUCGGUUCCCCAGCACCAUCAUAAAGAUCCAGUUCACCACGCUCUACCACAAGGAGGAGGUGAAGGAGGAGGCACCUUUGUCCCCAGUGCGACCUCUCUACCCCCAGAUCUCUCCUCUGAAAAUCAACAUUCCCGAUGCGGACUUCAGGAACAUGAUGAGUCCCCUGCCCUCUCCCACAGGAACCAUCAGCGUUCCCAACUCCUGCCCGGCGAGUCCUCGGGGUGCGGGGUCUUCUGGGUACCGGUUCGGACGCAACAUUACCUCAGACCUGCAGCUGGCGGCCGAGUUUGCUGCCAAGGCGGUGUCGGAGCAGCAGGCUGAUGCUUCCGGAGGGGACAGCCCCAAGGAUGAAUCGAAGCCUCCCUACUCGUACGCACAGCUCAUCGUUCAGGCCAUCUCCUCAGCUCUGGACAGACAGCUAACACUAAGCGGCAUCUACGCUCACAUCACCAAGCAUUACCCCUACUACAGGACUGCAGACAAGGGCUGGCAGAACUCCAUCCGCCACAACCUGUCCCUCAACCGCUACUUCAUCAAGGUGCCGCGCUCCCAGGAGGAGCCUGGGAAGGGCUCCUUCUGGAGGAUCGACCCGUCUUCCGAGGCCAAGCUGGUGGAGCAGGCCUUCCGCAAGCGCCGGCAGAGGGGCGUCUCCUGCUUCCGCACCCCCUUCGGCCCUCUGUCCUCCAGGAGUGCCCCAGCCUCCCCCACCCACCCCGGCCUGCUGUCCCCCCAGUCCAGCGGCCUGCAGACGCCCGAGUGCCUGUCCCGGGAGGGCUCGCCCAUCCCCCACGACCACGACUUCGGCUCCAAGCUGGCCUCCGUGCCGGAGUACCGCUACACCCAGAGCGCCCCAGGCUCGCCGGUCAGCGCCCAGCCCGUCAUCAUGGCCGUGCCCCCCCAGCCCACCACCAUCAUGGCCAAGCCCCUGGCCUACAUGCCCGCCUCACUCCCCGGCCACGCCAUCCACAUGGUGCAGCCGGCGCCCACCGUCACCAUGGUCCGAGUCAUGACCACCACCGCCAGCCCCUCCAACGGGUACAUCCUGGCCCACACCAAUGCGUCGGGUGGCCUGCUGGGGGCGGAGGAGAGCGCAGCAGAGCACAAAGGUGGUGCGGGGGAGGAUAAGCCAGUGGUGAGCUACGCGCCCCUCCCCACGCCCAGCCGCGUCAUCCAGGCCGUGGGUAGCCAUGUCAACCCCGGUGGGGCACAGCAGACCUUCACCAUCGUGCAGCAGGCCCCCGUCUCUCUGGGACAGCACCAGCUGCCCGUCAGGCCCGUCACGCAGAACGGCAAACACGCCCUGCCCGUCACCAGCAUCGCCGGACCCACCUACACUAUCACCAACCCUCUUCAGAUCCUGGCUGCGCAGGCCUCCACUUCACCCCCAGCUGUAGUGAACAGGCCCCCCAGUGUGGAGGCAGAGAGGCUGGCCUCGGCCCCAGGCGAGCCUGAGGCUAAGCGGCCUAAAAUGGAGGACGGCGGCGCCGCUCCCGUUCCUCAGCCGGUUAUUGUAGCAGCGACCCCACAGGCCCACGAUUCCAGCCAAUAAAGGAGAGGGAAGAAGAGAAAGGAAAAUGUCCUCAUUAUGUUUUCUGCAACCGCGUAAACCCAAGGUGCCAAACGUGGGGUUGGGAUGUCUCUUAUUGGGAACUUUGAGUACCGCAGUGGCAAGGGCAGUUCAAAUGCAGACAACUGAUUGUAUGAUUUUGACGAAAAAAGAGGUUUUGACUGUGUUUAAAGCCGUAGUUUUGUGUGCUUAAAAUGCAUUAAUCCAUUAAGCCUUAAAAUAAAAAGUGUUCCUACUGCUUUUAUUUUAUGUGGGAUUUAAACAUGAACAUCAUCGGUCCUGGAGAGUGGGAGAGGAACACGGUUCAAUCGGUAUCCUCAAGUAGUGCUUUAACAUGGGUCGGGGUGGGACCAAAAAACAAACAAACAAAAAAAAAAAAAGAAAACCAUGCAGCUAUUUUUACCCAGAUGUUUCUGAAUGGAAGCAUAUUGGCAGGGGAUUUUUUUUUCUCAGCUUCCUAUAGAGCUAUGAAUAGGAUGUAUUUAGCUCCCUUUUUUACUGUCGGCUUUUGGCUCUGAUGCACGCCCUUUCUACAAAAAUUGGUUUGUUACAAAUAGAAGCGACAUCAAGCACAACGAAAAGGGUGCAAAACCAUGAAUACGCAAACUGGGAUUAAAGCUGCUCUUUUCCCAAGAGGAAGCUGUUUAACUUGGUAGAUAAAAAUAAAAAAAGUAUUUUGCUAUCACAGACCAUUAUCAUACUAUUAAUAAAAGAUAGAAAUAUAUAUGUCUUUUAAAUGUCACAGUUUGUAAUUUGUAUAAAAUGUAGAGCAAAAUUAAAUUGGCUCAUUGAAUGUACAAUGUUCUUCUAAUGGUUCAUGAUUUUCAUGUGGCCCUCUCUUCAGUAUUCUUGGCACGGAAGAACAUAGCUUUUAAUGGGGUAUUUUGGGAAUUUUUACUCCCUCGUUUGUAAAUUUAACGAUCGAUUUGAAGGGCAACUCCUGCAUAUCAGAUAUAAUGUGCAGAUCUCCGAAAGCAAUCGCACGCAGUUUGGCUGCGAGCUCUACGAAUCGCAGGAAAACAACACCUCUAGUUAUUUUUCCCCCAUGUCAAAGACAUGUGAUAAUGUCUGUCUGAACAGGGCCUGCUUCUGCUGAUGUCACAGUGUGAUGAAUUCAUUAGACCGUUCUUCAGCGUUCCCUUACAUGGGCGGCCCAACUCGUUCCACAGAAGCCUCGGAUGGGAUACUCGGAUAUAUGAACUGAAAUUUGAACCCGUAUUGGAGAGGGAGACGCUACUGGGACCCAAAAGUGUUUGACCCCAAAUUCAGAUACCCAGAAUGUAGAAGGCCUGGCAGCUUGAGCCAAUGACAUUAGAGAGCCUCUCUGAGAGCAGGAAUAUUAUUUUCAGAGGAUAAUUUGGCAGAAUUUCUUUUGUUUUGUUCUUAAAAUCGCUUUACUAAUAGUCUGUACGUGGCUCGAAUACAUUGCUCAUACACUUGUGUAAUAAGCACUUGCUAACAUCUGGCAGCAGUUUCUCUUUAACCAAAAUGGAAAUUGGGGGUCAUGUUAUGUGUAGAUAGAAAGAUUCCAACCAAUUUUAUUUAGUCAGUGGCUUGCCGAUAGGAAUAUGGUAUAAUAUUUAGUGAAAGGAGGGAAGUGGACACAGCUGAGAUGUCAUCAUGAGAUGUGCGGUAGGGCUUGGAAAACUGAUGAAAAUAAUUUUCUCACCGAGUGCCUUAAUUCUCUCAAUAAAAUAACAAAUGAAUGUAGUAAAUGUUUUGUAAUUUAAUAGUGUGUACUAUUGAGCAGUAUUUUAAAAAAAGGUAUUAUUGCUAAAUUGUUUUGAGACUAGCCGUUCCCCGUCCAAAUAAAUAACGUUGGUUCUAUUAUACGUAUCGAUUGAAAUCGGAUGCUGCAUGGUUGCGUCAUGAAGGCGAUGUGCAUUGCCAAUGCAGUCAACCGCAAAAUGGCUCCUUUCCCCUGCACUGCUACACUGCUACUCACUUCAUGAGCAAAGCCUUUCAGAAGGAAUAUUCAAGUUCAGAGAAGACAGUUUCUGGCAUUGCUAGGCGACGCUCCUCUUUUUAAAGUUUGUCAGGCUAUUCAGUGACCUGGGUUCAUUUACGGUUACUAGCUCUGCUGCUUGGGUAGCUGUAAAUCUAAGCGGUUACGAUCAUUUCCCCCUCAGUUUCUACAACGUAAUCCUCUCUUCCCUGAGUAAUAUUUAUUUCAAAGAUGAAACUACCAUAGAAUAAUAAACCCACAGUGCUGAUUUGGAGCUAUGAUUUGACGUAGCUAGACAACCGUGUUAGACAGCCCAUUGCAGCUCAUCAGUAAAACUACUGGUCUUUGCCUGCUUUUUGCAAUUUGUCAGACAAAAAUAACAAGGAGAGAUGCAUUAAAGUCCUAUUUCUUUCUCUGUUGCUGGUUUAUGGGGAAAACAAACUUUGGGAACUACAUUUUGCACACACAAGACGUACAUGAAUUUAUGUGCAUAGUUUCUUAUUUUGGGGAUAUAAUAGUAAUUUGUGGUGGCUUUUCCCCCCCUUAAAGCAGCCUCGUUUCAGUACCUUAUGACAAAUCUGGGUUUUUGGUUUUGCUGUUGAUUCUACAUUAUGUAAAAUUCAUCAUGUUUCCUCAAAGCAAGUUGCAUUCUCCUUUAUAGCUAUCUUUUUCGCGUUGUGUUUUUUAGCUAUCAUUCAGCUGUCUUGCCUUAUUCCAGUGAACAGGAGAUGUUGUUCGUGUUGUGACAGCAUCUCUCCUGGCUGUGGAAAGGGCAGCUCUGUCUCUUCCUGCCGCCCUACCAUUUCAGAUCUAUCUUCAAGUCAGCUUUACCUCAUGGUCAGAAAAUGCCAGUGUUUUCUUUUAAUGCAGUACAUUUGUGUAAGUGCCUCGCAAGUGGAAGGCACAAAAUAAAACGUAGGCCUCGUCAAGAUGGCUGAGCAUCAUAGGGUUUGUUUGAAGAUGACGCGUGGCUUCCAGAAUUGAAUGGAAUCAAUUUUUAUUUUCUCUUGUCUUUCUAUUUUUCUUUUUAAGUGUACAUGUGUGUCCUCCAUUAACAGACAUGCAAUUUAAAAAGAGAUGGCAUACAUUCAAUUAACUUCUCGCAGAGACAACACUUAAUUUCUGACUAACUGGAAGAAAUGAUAAGUCUGGCAUUUCAAAGGCACUGGAAGUCCAGUUUUAAUAGUUAGAACUCUGCAAGGACUUUCCCCUUCUGUUGUCAUCACUCGCACAUUAAACCAGCCAGUGAGGGCAAGACACCCUUGGUGUCAUGGCACAACAUAUCCUUUCAGUAGUGGUUGCACUACUUGAGAAAAGGGUGAUAAAUGAGGAUACUGGCCAUGUCUGUCUGUGACCAUACCUUUUUGUAAAUGGACUAACCAGGGGAAGUCUCAGAAGUGUUGAAUUAAAAGAAUUUUAUGAUCGGGUCACUCUGCCGCUGUACCUGUUGCAUACAGGUACUGGGAAAUGUGAGAAUCGGUGUCAACAACCCUGCACAAUAUUCUCAGAAAAUACUGUGGGACAUUUACUGAAACCAACACAAACCUAUAUUCCCUUUCCAGUCGCACCGUAAACAUGGAUAGUGAGGAAGUUGUGGUGUAUGGAAAUAUCCACAUUGUGAAAGUAAAAUGACUUUUGGAGACUAAAGCUUUCCCUAUGACAGACAUUGGCUGGAAAAAUCAGACCUGUAUUUUGUAAUACUGUAACCUGUGUGAUUGUUUUGUACAAUUAGAAGGUAAUUUGUCUCAGGUGGCCGUCAAUCUAGCAGGUUUGAAAGUCUGGUUCUGUUUUAGGGACAAUUAAAUUGAGAGAAGUCAUUUUUAUAUAUAGUUGUAUUCAUUGUCCCUGGUGAAGGGUACAUGUUAGAUGGUAUGAUUUAAUGGUUCAUGACAGCCUGUCCUUCUACAGUUCCAAUACCAAAGCACAUUUCCCCAUCUGCUUUCAUUGACUAAUCCUGUUGCUUUGAAGUGUGUCAGGUGAUGCCCAAGUGGGAAAUCUUGAGUGGAAUUAAAUUCCUGGUAUGUCACAUUUUGAUUGAAGGCAUCCUUUUAACAUCGAUCAAUCUUCUGGCAGAAAAUCUCUGCCCGAUUUGAGUCUUUUUCACUUUUACUCAUCAGUUAAUGUUGGAACUGGUAAAGUAAUGAAAGCCUUGUUUGAAUAAUGCAUUAUUAGUUUGUGCACUAAGCAAAUGACUCAUGGUGAUACAAGUCUUUGAGGGUCUUAUCCGUAUUCUGCACUUGUAUCUAUGACAAUGGCUUGGUACCACGGUAAGGGGCAUUUCUCAAUUUUAUUUUCUGCUCAUCUGUUUUUCUAGUUUUCUUUUUCUGUUUUUUUCUUUGUUUAAAAUCUACGUCAAAAAGUAUUUUAAACUGACCCCUCUGUAAAUGUAAUGCUGAAUUGUCUGUUUGCUUUAACAAACCAUAUUUGAUAAUCACUGUUUCCAAUAUUUUCUUAACCCUUGCAGCAGGAAUGUAGUUAGAGCUUAUCUGUGUAAUUGUUUUGUUACUACGGUUUUGCUGUACCAGGAGCAUCCUCAGUAGACUGAAAUACACUGUCAUUUCAUCAUUUCGCCUUGUAGUUAUAGGAAAAUCUGAACUCUACAAGUCUAACACAGCUUAAAAGCAUUUUAAGCUCAUGUGUAUGCUGACUGAAGGAACAUUAAAACCAUACAGUUGGUGACACGUUAUUCAUUUCUAGAACCUUCUGUCAUUUGUCUUGUGUAUUUCCUGUACUGCUCUUGUUAUCAGGCAGCAUGUGAAAGACAUUGUUGCCUUUUCAUCAGUAAACGUAGAGGAGUACUGUAGCAUUGUUAAACUAGACAUGGGCCGCCUUUUGUGGUGUCCUAAGCAAUGUUUUCCUUUGAGGUGCUGACACCAGUCCGUGUACAUGUAGAGACAAUAGUUUGUUGUGAACAACAAUGAUUACAAAUACUAGAUUUAAGCCAUGUCAUGUUUCAGUGGGUGGAAGCGCUGAAAAUUACCCAGUGAAUAACUGGUUUGUGUACGACCAAGCCACUUACCCUUUUUUUUCUCUUUAAUUUCACAUCAGUCCUGUAAAGCUAUGACAGUGACCCACAAGCAUAGUUAUCUGCAUUUGUGACUAGUCAUUUAUAUGUAGUUGAAAUUGUGGCACCGUGCGUUGUGGGAUGGGGCACAUACACUGGUGACAUCCUUAAAGAGACCCUUUUUAAACCACUGAUUUCUCAAUACAGAUUUUACAAAAAUGAGAACAUUGUAUUUUCUGUAAAGGUAAACGAAAGCAACCACAGGACCAUGUCUUCUAUCAGGAUGUGUACAUGGAAAAAAUAAAAAUUGGAUUCUAAAA